AUGGUAACCGAACCAGCCUGUUCAUCUGAAAUAGGACCAAAAGCAGACACUGGCCUGGCCAGCAGUGUGGCACACGUUCGAAGCACCCAGUGUCCUCAACUUGCUGAUGCCUGCUACUUGGAUGCUGCCGCCGCACCUCCAUUUCCAUCCGGCCUGGUCACGGCGGUCGCUCAGAGCCUCUCGGGCAAGCUCUUGUCCAACCCACACUCCAAGUCUCCAUCUGCGAUCUCUACCGCAGAUCAGAUUUCCGCCACCCGACUUCGCAUCAUGCGCGACAUGUUUGGCAUUCAAGAUACACACGACUGGAGCCUCAUUUUCACCUCGGGCACCACAGCCAGUCUCAAGCUUGUCGGCGAGUCUUUCGACUGGACUCAAACAAAAGGCAAGCGAGGGUUCUCGUAUCUCGUCGAGAGCCACACCAGCGCCGUCGGUAUUCGAGAUCUCGCAGCACUAUGUGAUGUCACCAGCGCCAGUUUUACCGCAGAAAGUUCUGCUAAUGUGAAUCACGAAGGCUUGGUGGUGCUGCCGUUGCAAUGUAACGCCACGGGUAAGAGGUACGUCGACUUGGCGAAACGACUCCGUCGAUCCACGUCCGACAGGACGCUCGUCAUGGUCGAUGCCGCGUCGUAUCUGUCGUCAUCCCAGCGCCUCAAUCUGUCGCUCUGGUCUGCGAACGAAGUUCCAGACUUGAUCGCUUUUUCCUUCUACAAGAUCUUUGGCUAUCCAACCGGCCUCGGUGGUCUGCUCGUAAGGAGGUCUGCAGCGCCUUGGUUGCUGCACAAGACGUAUCACGGCGGGGGAACUGUCGACUCGAUCCUCGCCGAGAGCCGAUGGACAAAGCCACGCAAGGAUCUCGAGGCUAGGCUCGAAGAUGGCACGAGCAACAUACAUGGCAUUCUCGCAGUCAACACAGCGCUCGACUACUAUGAAAAGGCUUUCGGGUUGUGGGAUUUGCGAGGCGACUACGUCGGUGGACUCAGCAGUAGACUUGUACAAGCCAUGGAGGGCCUACGCCAUGGCAACGGAAACCCGGUUGUUCGCAUCUACCGAGGGCGAGGGCAAAUCGAAGCCGAAUUCGGACCUAUCGUCAACUUCAACGUACUCGCCGCGGAUGGGACGAUCGUUCCACCGCAGGAAGUGGACAGAUUAGCGAGCAUCAGCAACAUUCACCUACGCACGGGCCGACAUUGCAAUCCUGGGUUCGUGACGUCGCAGCUCGGUGUCACCGAAGCACACUUGAAGCAAGAGUAUGCCGACGGCGUGGGAUGCGAUGAUGCGGGCGAUGCCGCGCUCGAGGGCAGCUCGAAAGCGUCAGCAUCCUUACGCGCCAGCCUUUGCCUGCUCAACGCGAUCGAAGAUGUGGAGCGUCUGGUCGGCUUCAUCGCACGAUUCUUUCUUUCUUGUUCGCCGUCGACGCGGGCGGACCCACUUGACCGCACCGAGGCGCCGGUGGAGAGAAGGUUUGACCUGGCCAACAUCACGGUCUAUCCGAUCAAGUCAUGCUCGGGUCAAAAUCUCGAGCGUGGCGAGAGAUGGCGAUUGACACGGCAUGGACUCGAGUAUGACCGCGAAUGGAUAGUGAUGAAUCUAGCCAACGGCAAGGCGCUUUCGCAGAAGCGAUUCCCGAAGAUGGUGCUCAUCCGGCCACGCAUCGACCUUGUUGGUCGUACUAUGAGCAUCUCCAUCGCCGGCAUUGACCAGCCGUUUACGCUCGACCUGGACGACGAGUCGCAGUAUGCUGGACAAGAGGCAACGGAAAGCAGAACGGUGCAAGUGUGCGGCGUCGAGACGCGGCCACGGGCGCACAAGAGCGAACAGCUGCGGAUUCUGCUGUCAAACUUGCUCGGCGUGUCGUGCACUCUAGCCAAACAAGCGAUCGACACGAGCCGGCACUCGAAACUCGGCUCAGGGAGCGAGAAAGUUCCUCUGAUCUUCAGUAACGAGUCGCCAUUCUUGCUGAUCAACUCUGCCAGCAUUGACGAGGUGUGCGAGUGGAUGCAGCAGGAUACGGCUGAGGCCGGGUACACCUCGGUGGGCACUGAAGAAGUAGCGUCAGACUCGGGUUACUCUUCGGGACCACACCCUGAACGAAGGGACAAGAGGUCGGGGCUACUGGCACAGGCUGCAAGCUUUCGUGCCAACUUUUUGGUGUCGCCCUGCGAUGGCGGGCCAGAGGCACCCUUUGCAGAAGACAUGUUUAGCCGGGUUACGCUGGGAGAUAAGCACGUGUUUGCGGUGCUUGGAGAGUGCCGGCGAUGUCAGAUGGUAUGCGUAGAUCAGUGCACGGGCGAGGUCAAGCCUCAAACGCUCAAGACAUUGGCCAAGCAUCGGAGGAACGGAAGAGGGAGGAUCAUCUUCGGGUCUCAUCUGGCGUGGUUGCCAGGUCUGGAGCUUCGUUCGUCUGGAAGAUUCGAUCUCGACGAUGCGCGAGUAUGGGUGGGGAUGUCAGUCGUCACCAGCUGA